UCGAUAAUUCUCCGAAACGCAGAUAAGGUCAAGACAAUAUUGCAAACUGACUGGGUCACUAUUGACUCCUACUGUCCGCAUCUUCCAGUUCCAUUCACGGCUGCUGCUCUUGCUUGCGUCAGCAGUGCUCUUACUACUUCUGCUCUCGACCUAGACUUGAGCUGUUCUCUUCUCGAAAAUGUGGUUCGGUCUUUCGCUCUUUCUUUGUCUUCUAGUCCGUCGACUAUGGGUCACGUAUUUAAUUCAGUCGCCAAGCUUUUAGGAAAGGCAUCGCGAGAUCGUAAUCACCUAAUGCGGAUUGUGAAGUCCUUAGAAGCGCUUUCUGUUUGGAUGGAUUUUACCCUAGCCAGAUACAGCAGACUUUCCGCUUCGUUAUGGAAUGCAAUAGACGAACUUUUGAGCAUGUUGGCUGAGCAGAUGGAGAACAGAGCUAAAGAAGCGACCACUGGUGCAAAAGCUGUUCCGAUUGCGUCUCCUGAAGAAUCGCUAAAUGAUGAAUCUGUCGCUGGAAACUGGCUUGAGAGCAUUCUUGAACAAGUUCCGGCAAUGCUUGAUCAGCAGUCAGCUGUACAGUCCCAGAUUGUGUCCGAAAUCGUCGAGAUAACCAAGAGAAUCGAAUUUCUCUUCCGUAUGAUCUCCAGUGUUAGAGAUCUCUCCCACUGUAACGACAGCAUCUCUAAUGUUUUCAGAAAGGCUCAGAAUCUUUCUAAUGCAGAUAUCAUAGGAUAUCUACAGAAUGCAUAUAUUUCACUAUCAAAUCGCAGCCUGAUCAGAUCAGAACUUCAGGUAUUCGUUAUUUUGUUUUUCAACGUUGAAUACGGUUGUUUUUCCAGAGUCGACUACUUGAUGAGGUGUUGA